AUGGAGGCCGGCCGGAUCGGUGUGGCGCGGCACACCACACCGGAGCUUGAUGCUGUGCUGGUCGUCGACAACGACGCAACUCCGACGGGACCUAGACGCCCAAGAUCUAACCCCCCAUCCUUCCUUCCUUGUGUUCACGGAAUGACAACGGCAAGGGGACGACCGAUGUGCGUGGUGGACCAGGAGGUGGAGAACCGUCUCGCCCUCCUUGUUCACAUCACCUCCCUUUGCUUUCCCUUGGACACUUGGAGAGAGAGAAGGAAGAUGGCGGACGAGGGGAUGGCCAAUUGCAUCGACAUCAUCCUCGCCAUCAUCCUGCCGCCGCUCGGCGUCAUCCUCAAGUUCGCCUGUGGGGUGAGUUUCCCGAGCUUUGUCCCGGUCCCGUGCUAG